GAGGGAAAUUCAUAUGGAAUUUUGCGAUGAAUCGUUCUUAUAUAAACAAAAGCGCUAUCCAAGGCUCACAAGAACAGAAGGUGGUCAGACUCGGGCACCAAGACAUGUGAAGAAUGUGGGGUUCAUGGAUCUUGAAAGCCUAAAUGCUAGCCUCGUCACUUCAACCUCAUGGAAUGAGUAUAUAUAACCAUUGUCAAACACUUAAAAGGGUGAAAGGUUAGAUUGCUACCUACUCUUACUCCGAAAACGAAUACCGGUUGAGUCAAACCAGAGUUAAGCAUGAUAUGGGGAUUGUGGCCAAAUAUACAUCAAUCUAUCUCAUAAUUCUCGCCUCUCAAUCGAAUAGAACGUCGAAUGGACAACUCCAAGAUCACAUCCUGCUUUUGAACCAGGACUCUGGACGAAAGGACAAGUCCGAAUACAGCUGGUCAAUGUUCAAUUUGACUAUAAUGUCGACACCCGUGGUCCAGCUUCAACACACAAUCUGCGCUCGACCCAGCAAGCUCAGGGGAUUUGUCUGCUCCAAUUUGAUGUUGAGUUCAUCAAGCAGAUUUAUACUCAAUUUUCCUUGUCAUUUGUUGGUUCUAUCUCCGCCUCGAAGCAUGCCUGAUUCUGUUAGCGAGAUCUAGGUCCUCUGAUCUUUUCAUGCUUACCUUUGCGCUUUUUUUACUUCACACUCCGGACAACUUCGGAUACGCCUAUCUUCAUGUAUAAACUGUUGACUGCAGCUUCCGGCCAGACCAAUCCUGCAUGCAAUCUCUUGUUUCACAUGACUGCACGCCCA